AUGAAGUUCUUCACCGGUAUCGCUUUUCUUGCAUCCAUCGUGAGCGCCAACCCCAUAGAACUCUUCGGUAGGGAUGAGCCGCUCCAGGCCAAGCUCAUCCGCGGCGCCGGCAACACGCUCGUCAAGAUCGCCCUGACAAAUGCGGGCAAAUCGGCUAUCAAAGUCUUCGUCCCCGGUACCAUCUUGGACAAGGCCGCGGUUGAAAAGGUGGCUGUCUACUCCAACCAGACCCGACUAUCAUUUGACGGUGUGCGGUUGCGCAUCGCCCCGCAGGAUCUCAUGACGGAAGAUGCCUUCCAGACAAUCAAGCGCGGGCAGACGAUCGAGAUCAAGUUUGACUUUGGAGAGAUGCACGACCUCGGCGACGGCGGCAUCUACGACCUCAGCGUCAAAAGCGGCAUCCCCUUCGCCAAGGCGGGCACGACCGAAAUCAUCGGCGCCAUCCCGAUCAACAGCAACACGCUCCGGAUCAAGGACGUCGAUGCCAAGAAGGCGGCGCUCACCCGCAUGGCCUUCCACCAGUCCAUUAAGCGCACCCUCGUCCAGUCGGACUGCAAGGGCGUCGAGAACAACACGGUCAACACGGCGCUCAUCACGUGCGCAAGGCUCUCGCGCGCGGCCGCCAACGCCACCCAGGACGACGCGAGGAUGAGAGAGUACUUCAAGACGUCCUCGCCGGUUGCCAAAAAGAUCGUCGCCGAAGUCUUCAACAAGAUCGCAGUUGAGUGCAACAGCCGCACCAGGGGCGUGUCCAUGCAGUACUGCGGCGACGUCUAUAAGUCGUGCUCGCCCGGCGUGCUGGCCUACACGGUCCCCUCGCUCAACUACAUGGUCAACUGCCCUCUCUACUUCACCGCGCUCCCGCCUCUCAGCAAGACUUGUCACGGACAGGACCAGGCCACGACGACCCUCCACGAGAUGACGCAUUUGCUCCAGAUGAAGGGAACACUUGACUACGGCGUCUACGGCUAUGAAGCGCUCAAGACGCUCCCGGGACAGGAAAACAUGAACCACGCAGACACUUACUGCCUAUUCGCUAAUGCCAUCAAUCUCGGCAAGGGUUGCUAG